UGUAUUACGGUACGGUAGUGUAUCUCUUGUGGAUGAGAGUUCCCCAGCUCCAACUCCUGUGUUACACAGUCUGUGUUACGGACUGUAAUGUGUUCUUGUUUCGAGACCGCAAUUAAAUUGCCAAUGCCACCAAACUGAGGAUCUGCUCCCGUGCAUGUCCGUGCCAAGGGUCUCCGAGGAGCAGGAACUCCGAGAAUUGCAACGUGGAAUCGCCGCUGAAAUCCUGAAAGCAACUCAAGCAAACUGCUGGCAAAGAUCAGUUCAACAUUGUAAAUAUGGAAACAUCUUCAGACAAGGUUAACUGAAGUUCCCUCAAUGGAUAAAGAAUUAGAAUAUGUUUCACGCUUUUGAAAGUGUCUGACCAGCUGGGAAACAUGGCUGCCAAACCACAACCCCCUCUGGUGAAGAAGCACAGCCAAACCGACCUGGUGAGCCGGCUAAAGACCAGGAAAAUUCUUGGCGUUGGCGGAAAGGAUGAUGAUGGAGAGAUUCACCGGUCAAAGAUUAGUCAAGUGCUGGGAAAUGAAAUGAAAUUCACCAUGCGAGAGCCUUUGGGUCUCAGGAUAUGGCAAGUGGUGUCAGCCAUCAUGUUCAGUGUUGUUGGCGUAACGGCUCUCAUCUUUCCCAAACGUCUGUAUGAAACUGUUUUUGAUGAAGAUGGGUCCAGCACCAUAAUGGCAGUGAGACUGUAUGGCGGGGCCCUUCUCAGCAUUUCCUUGAUCAUGUGGCAUGCAUUAUACAUGGCCGAGAAGUUGAUCGUUCGGUGGACGCUCCUCACUGAGACCUUUUAUUUCUCAGUGCAGUUUAUAGUUACAUCCGCUCUCUUGUUUGAAAAGGGAGCACUACCCCAGGGAGCGAGCCUGCUGCAGUUCAGUCGAGCUCUCUUCAUCCUCAUCAGUAUCUAUUUCUAUUACCAAGUUGGCCGAAAGCCCCGGAAGAUGUGAGGAGUGUGCCUAGCCAGGCUGUUCCAUGCGAUGGGAUUGGGCUGAUCAGUGGAUGGCUGCAAGGCGUGCGACUAGGAACGAGUGACUCUCCUCCUGAAGUGUAUUUCGUAACCUGCAUUCCAUGCUUCUUGAUCGGACAUUAGCCUUUCCAGGUGUGUUGUAUUCUGAAGAUUAUGUUGUAUCCUGUCCCUGUGCAUGUGCGGCAGCAGCUUCACAAUAUUGGAUUUGUUACCUCAAGAAUAAUCAAUAAAUACGUUUCCGUGA